UCGCCCUUCGUGCCUCCGCUUCGAGGAACCAUGGCGGCGGGUGUGGCCGCGUGGCUGCCCUUUGCUAGGGCAGCAGCCAUUGGCUGGAUGCCCGUGGCCUCGGGGCCCAUGCCGGCUCCCCCAAGGCAGGAGAGAAAAAGGACCCAAGAUGCCCUGAUUGUGCUCAAUGUGAGUGGCACUCGUUUCCAGACGUGGCAGGACACCCUGGAACGCUACCCGGACACUCUGCUGGGCAGUUCGGAGAGGGACUUUUUCUACCACCCGGAAACUCAGCAGUACUUUUUUGACCGUGACCCAGACAUCUUCCGCCAUAUCUUGAAUUUCUACCGCACCGGGAAGCUGCACUACCCUCGCCAUGAGUGCAUCUCUGCGUAUGAUGAGGAACUGGCCUUCUUUGGCCUCAUCCCGGAGAUUAUCGGGGACUGCUGUUACGAGGAGUACAAGGAUCGCAGGCGGGAGAACGCGGAGCGUCUGCAGGACGACGCCGAUACCGACAACACGGGAGAGAGCGCGCUGCCCACGAUGACCGCCCGGCAGAGGGUGUGGCGGGCGUUUGAGAACCCACACACCAGCACAAUGGCCCUGGUGUUCUACUAUGUGACAGGCUUCUUCAUUGCCGUCUCAGUCAUCGCUAACGUGGUAGAGACAGUGCCCUGCGGCUCUAGUCCCGGGCACAUUAAAGAACUGCCUUGCGGGGAGCGGUAUGCGGUGGCCUUCUUUUGCUUGGAUACAGCCUGCGUCAUGAUCUUCACAGUUGAGUACUUGCUUCGCCUGGCCGCGGCACCCAGUCGUUACCGUUUUGUGCGUAGUGUCAUGAGCAUCAUCGACGUGGUGGCCAUCCUGCCUUACUACAUUGGGCUGGUGAUGACAGACAAUGAGGAUGUCAGUGGAGCCUUUGUCACGCUCCGGGUCUUCCGGGUCUUCCGGAUCUUUAAGUUUUCCCGCCACUCUCAAGGCCUGCGCAUCCUGGGGUACACGCUGAAGAGCUGUGCCUCAGAAUUGGGCUUCUUGCUCUUCUCGCUCACCAUGGCUAUCAUCAUUUUUGCUACAGUCAUGUUCUACGCAGAGAAGGGGUCUUCGGCCAGCAAGUUCACCAGCAUCCCUGCUGCCUUCUGGUAUACCAUCGUCACCAUGACAACACUAGGGUAUGGUGACAUGGUACCAAAAACCAUAGCAGGGAAGAUAUUUGGUUCCAUCUGUUCACUGAGUGGGGUCUUGGUCAUUGCUCUACCUGUUCCAGUGAUCGUAUCUAACUUCAGUCGGAUCUACCACCAAAAUCAACGAGCAGACAAACGGAGAGCACAGAAGAAAGCCAGACUCGCCAGGAUCCGGGCAGCCAAAAGCGGAAGUGCUAAUGCUUACAUGCAGAGCAAACGGAAUGGCUUACUCAGUAAUCAACUACAGUCUUCAGAGGAUGAGCAGACCUUCAUGAGCAAAUCCGGCUCCAGCUUUGAAACCCAGCACCACCACCUGCUUCACUGCCUGGAAAAAACCACGAAUCACGAGUUUGUGGAUGAGCAAGUCUUUGAAGAAAGCUGCAUGGAAGUUGCGACUGGAAACCGUCCUUCAAGUCACAGCCCUUCUCUCUCGUCACAACAAGGAGUCACCAGCACUUGCUGUUCACGACGACACAAAAAAACCUUCCGCAUCCCUAAUGCCAAUGUAUCAGGAAGCCACCGAGGCAGUGUGCAGGAACUCAGUACGAUCCAGAUCAGAUGUGUGGAGAGAACCCCGCUGUCUAACAGCCGAUCCAGUUUAAAUGCCAAAAUGGAAGAGUGUGUUAAACUAAACUGUGAACAACCUUAUGUGACUACAGCAAUAAUAAGCAUCCCAACACCUCCAGUAACCACCCCCGAAGGAGAUGACAGGCCAGAAUCUCCUGAGUACUCAGGAGGAAAUAUUGUCAGAGUAUCUGCUUUGUAAGACAAUUGGAACCAGGUCUAAGAGAAUUUGAGCUCUGGCUGUGGAAAGAAUUCCAAUGUGGAAGAAAGAAGAAACAAUAAACCUUUUGCAGAUGAAAACAGCAAGGCAAGAAGGUUGGCAGUGAAAUAAAAACAAAGCUUCCAAACUUGAGGAUGGAAAUAAAACCACCAAAUGGCAUUUCUAGACAGAGUCUGACCUGUUCUACAGAGAAGUAGUCUGUGACCCUUUGACUUUGUGAUUGAGCACAAUGAAAUGCCGCCUAGCGAUGCUUCUUAUGAUCUGAACUCUUUUUUAAUAAAAUAAAUAAAAUAAAUCUUUGAACAUAAUGUUCCAGUUGAAUGCAAAACAAAAAAAUAUGGAAAACAUUUUGAUAAAAAUUUUUCCUGUUAAAACCAUGAACAUUGGCUAUGAUGAAGAUUAUUACAUAUUAAAAAAAAACUCAUACAACACAUUUGUAUUGACUGAAGGAAACCAUCAUAAUGCAUGCUAGAAUUCUUUGGAGCAGUGAUCUCAGUGUCCUUAUGUUGUCUUCAGAAUAGGCAUGAUAAAUUAUAAUUGUAGAAAGGGGGACUUUCUGUGCACUUACAACAAGCUGAUUGCUCAUGUUCCAUGGUGGGCUGUGCAAAUUAACUCCUUUCAGAGCUGCGGUAUUUCUCAUGGGGAUGCUCAUUAGUAAAUCUAAAGCGUUCGGAUAGUUCAGUAUUAAUUAUCAUUUUACCUUGCACCUAGAUACUGUUACAACUGCAAUAAUUCAUUGUACACCUGUUGUAUCAGGAAUCAGGAUUUUUGUUGUUGUUGUACUUUCCAGAUCCUCAUAGAUACAGUAAGAGCCACAUACAUAGAGAAACUUCUGGUGUGGCCAGAUUUUAGAUAACUUUUUAAUCCAAAACUAUUGUGCCAUAAAUGUUUUUCAGUAAUAUUCUUUGGUCCUCUGUAUUCGUGUGACAGUGCAUUAUCUGUUCUUGUAUUUCUAUAGCACCUUUUCGUGGGUUUAUCGUCAUCAACUGGACUAACGUUUUGUAGCUCAAAUGACUUUCCUACUUUUGUAUUCCCCAACAUAUUAGCUUGUAAGUAGAUUACCAUCAUCAAUCCCCUUGUCAAAAAUUAGGAAAAAGGAGUUGACAUCUAUGAAUGAUCUCUAACUUCUUUGCUGUUAGGGAAAAGCCCAGACACUGGAUAUAUCGUUCUGUGUUUCAGGCAAAGAGUAGGCUGGGAUGAAUAUCACAAAAUCGGUGAUCCCAGAGUCUCACUUGAUGUAUUAUUUAUUUUACUUUAGAUCUCAAAUACAUUUUGAGAAUAACUAAUGUGAAUUGAAAUGCAGAGAUAAACUAGAGUGCUUUAUGUAGCAAUAUUUGUUGAAAGCACGCUUUCUAUGCCGUUGGAGAAGGCAGCACAAAUUUAUCUGAGAAAGGCUCCUGUAGACUGCAGGGAGCAAUUUUCUCCGCUAAAUCAGGAGGAUAGGAGUUUGAUGAUGCAAAGUUGAUCUCUAUGUACAUUGAAGUGAAAAGUCUUUAUACCUUUUCACCUUUAAACUAUAUCAGCAGACAUGUCUGCACGUGACAGUGUAAAAAAGUUGUAUGUCAAAUGAAAAGUUUCGUUCAUUCCAAACCACCACUGUAAGAAAUAAAGUUUAGCUUCUGUACAUGGAAAGAAUUAAUAACUAUCCCUCUACUAUAGAGAUUUUAAAGUGCUUAUCAUAAUUUAUCAUAAAAAAGACUUAAUCCAACCAUUUUCGAGUAAAGCCAGAAAUUCUUGCUUCCCAUUUCUAGAAUAGCUUCUAGAACAGUGCUGUGCACACAGUAGAUAUUAAUAAACAUUUGCUUCAUAAAAGUAAGGCAAACUCUACUAUCUCUCGGGAAGAACUGGCUUUAUACCUAGUAUGUCUUUUAAAAAGUUACUAAUCUUCCUGGAGCGUGAAUAUUAACAAUUAUACUAACACCUGCCUCAUGUCACUUUAUGCUUCUAGAGAAAAUAUAUAGCGAAACUUCUUUGAUGGCAGUGGUUGAAAAACUUCCUAAAAAGUAGACUAAGGAAACCACAAUCAGGAAUACUUAGGUCUUUUGAUUCCCAAUGAAAAGUUCUAUUUUCAUGUUCUUAAUACUACAUUUAAAAAAACGAAGUUAGAUGAUUUCAGUUGACAAUUCUGCCUCCUUUUCAACUUAUCGUUUAUCCCAAACUAUUAAUUUCUUUAGAUUUUUGGAAAAGAAAAAAAAACUUUUUGGUGUUUUAGGUGAUUUAAAAAUCUACUGUGUUGGUGGUGAAUGACUAUUGAUGACUGUGUUAAGUGCAUCUGUAUCGUAAGUGAAAUGUAAUUAUUUCUGUGUACCAUAUGGAGUAACCAAGGUCAUUGUUUUUGGCAAUUUUGUUUGAAAUUCAUAUAUCUUAUUUCAAAGGAUAGCAUAAUACCUGCAUUAUGCUGGAAAAAAAUAGACCUUUGGAGAAUACUUAAAUAAAACAUGUGCAUGCUUGAACAGGA